CUGGCCUGUUCCCGAUCAUUCUGUAUCCGGACCUUCAAGCAAAACCUCUGCAGCAACAAGUUUACCUUUUUAUAACUAGUUGACCAUCCUAAUGAAGCAAGAAGUCACCAAUGUGAGGAUCCAUUCGGAACCAUGUUCUGAAUAUUUAGAAUCUACUGGAGAAAAUAAAGCUUUGAGCUCACAACACUACUCCACCCUAGUCCAUGUGACACUUACCAUGAUGGCCCUCCUUGUGAUCAAAUUGCUCAUCGUCCUUGUGUUCAUGGCUGUAAUGAAUAAUCAGGCAUUUUCAAUCUUUCAAAAAUGCAUAGCUGAUAACAAAGAUGUUAACUCUACUUUCCAAAAUCUGCAAACAAAAUUUGAGCAUCUACAAAGCAAGUAUUCCAAAUUAGAGGGAUGGUCACAAAGUGUAAACCAAUCAUGUGAGCUGUCUAAGAUUACAAAGGGAGGAAAUUAUAUUAUUUGUCCAGAUGGGUGGCUGAAAAAGAAUUCAAGCUGUUACUUUGUCUCCAGAGAAUCAAUGCCAUGGAAUAGCGCCAAAGAGGACUGUUUAUCUAGGCAGUCUAAGCUGCUUGUGAUUAACAGUGAAUCUGAGCAGAUAUUCAUCUCCAAAACUAUCAGAUGUGAUACUUUCUGGAUUGGGCUAAAUGACAUGGACACUGAAUCUACGUUUGUGUGGGAGGACGGAAAUGCAUUGGAUUCAAAUAAACAGUUUUGGUCAGAAGGGCAACCAGAUAAUUACAAUGGUUCAGAAGAGGAAGAUUGCGUAACAAUACGAUAUCCAUACUGCAAUAAAUAUGAUUUUAAAAACUGGAAUGAUUUAAACUGUACAUACAAAUUAAAAUACAUUUGUGAGAAGGAGGCCGACAGUGUAUUUAGGUUGUUUUGUGAGAAGUGACCACUUUAGAGAAUGCAGAUUUUAAUUAAAAAAUCUUGUGCAUAAUGGAUGAAUGUCUGUUGCACAAUAUCUAAUUAUAUUUAUAUAUGUUGGCUCUAAAAUAUUCACCCAGACAACUGUCAUGCAGUCAUGAAUGCCUUUAUCAUAUUAUUCUUCAUUCCACAUUGCUAAUUAUCUGCUAUACUUCUCUGCCAGCCCCUUCCAUGUCUUUAGCCUCAAGAACAACAUUUAAAAUACCUUUGUAACCCACCCCCUUGACGGCAAAUGUUAACGUACUGACCCCCUUUGAUUUUCCCAAUGGCUAUUUCUUUUGUAUCACCUCUUCAUUUUUCUAGACUUAUGCUAUGAUUUUAACAAAACAAAUAACAAACGCUAGGGCCAGAUUAGGCGUAAACUGCGCUCUUCGGGUUGUGCUCGUAUUAUAAAUUGAAAGUAAACUAUUUUCGCUCACGCACUAGCCGGCCACACUAAAAAGCAGAACUUACAAUAUAUAUAUAUAUAUGUAAUUAUAUUUACAGUAAAUACAUAGUUAAAACCUUUAUUAAAUAUGAAUAUUGCAUAAAUAUGCUUUUUCAUGUUUUUCUCUACCUACAAAGGGCUCCAAUACACUUGUAUAUGUCUAUGUAUGUGUACAUAUGUAUAUAUAUAUAUAUAUAUAUAUAUAUAUAUAUAUAGUGUUACUAGGGGUA